AGUAACAUUUCGUUAUCGACCAAAUUUGUUUUUUUUUUCUUCCCUUUUUUGUUUCCAAACCAGUUUUAUAAACGGAUAUGAUGUAGUCGACUUUUAAUUAAGUGUAAAGGUUAUGUUCAAAUAUAGUUUCUUACUUAUUGACUCCACAGGCUUGUGACCAAGUUAACACAGUUGCCGUUUUCCAGAGAGAGACUUCCAUGUUUUUAAUUGCUUAACAAAAGACUGAACAUUUUAUAAACAGGGAACUCACUGUUAAUGUUGGAGGAGUUAUUGGUUAUGGUUCGUGUUCUGGUAAAAGAAAUGUGUACCUGAUGUAGUCCUUUAUGGUCUUUAUCGGUAGAGGUUGGCGUGAGGCUAAUACAGACAGAAUUAAAACUGGUAAAGGUUCGCGUUAACCAGAUGAAUUGAAAUCGACUAAGCUACAAAAAAGAAGAAGAGCCACCAGGAAAAAGUCAUUUAGAUAGCUUCGAGUGACUUUCUUAUAAGUAACAGUGAAGGAUAACUGUACAACAAAAUACAGACAGAGCUAAUGAUACAGGUACGCAGCUAGACACAACAAUUCGUACGUGUUAGUUUUCCAAAAAUAUAUUCUACAAAAAAUAACUGUGUUGCGGCUGUGUUAGUUGACACUGGUUUCAUCGGAUGAGAAGCUAUUCGGACAUAUUGAAACGACAAAAAAUCUUUGGUUGGGCUGUACAUAUUGGUUGACCGCCAUCUUGAUCUUUAGAAGAGCAGGUUAGAGAAAUCUGACUGAAAUAUAUCCUACAAAAUCGCGAAUCUCAGACUAAAUUAUGUACUCAAGGGUCAUAAGUAGCGCGUGUUUAUGUUUAAAGUCGAUUGUGUUCAGUAUAUCAUUUUGAACAUUAACAUUGUCUUGUGAUCAAUUACUCGACUUACGAUAGACUGCCAAUAACAAUAACGAAACACGACUCCAUAAUUGAUCUGAGAGGAAGGCAAAGUUACGUUUUAAAAAAACGGUAUUAAUAAAAACUGUUUACAUUACGAAAAUGGCGUAGUUCAAAUAACCCUUUUUUAAAGAACCACUACCGCCGUGACACUUGUAUGGUCAGAAAUGAUUAGGUGUGUUUUAUACCCAGAUAACAAUAUUACGUAAAUACAACGAUGUGGCUGCGUUAUGAGUUAGUUUCAAUUAAAGUUGUGUUACGUAUAUCCAUUUAGCGCACAAAUUAAAAUAGAACUAAUAGUCAAUUUAUAAUGUAGUGAAACUGGUGAAUGGCAUUUUAGAGUGACCUAUGGAAAAGUUUAAUUUAUCUGUCACGAGUGAGCCGAAACAUACGGUAACAGAAAGCGCUACGACGUUUUCUAAUUACAGUUUAGACGACUUCCUGAAUGUGGCCUUAGAAUAUCAGGAGUUAGACCAUUGGUUCCCUGCGGAUCAGGAACUGUAUCUCAUAAUAAGUUUCUCCAUUGUUAUGAUUUUAGGGUCUAUUGCUAAUCUGGUUCUGUGUUGGAUUAUUUGUCGUCGCGGAUUCGCUCAAUCAAGCCGUAAUUGGUACAUUCUUAACCUAGCCAUUUCUGAUAUCCUUACUAUUGUGCUUUGUCAGCCAUUUGUGGUUGUGCGGAUUAUCUUUAAAAACUGGACGUUUGGGGUGAUUUGGUGUAAAAUAGUACCCGCCGUUCAGAGUACAUAUGUUUUUGUGUCGACGUUAAGUAUUUUAGCCCUAGCAGUGGAUAGAUAUAAAUCUAUUAUGUAUACGUCCUCAAAAACAAACAACCGGAAGGGGGCGUGUUUUAUUAUAUCAGGAAUAUGGUUCGUCUCGUUAGUGCUGUCAUUUCCGCUAUUUUUGACUCAUGAAAUUGAUGCCAUAUAUGGACUAGAAGAGGUCAUUCUGUAUAAUAUAUGCACAGAAAGGUGGAUGUCUCAGUUGUUUCUUACCUUAUAUACCGUUAUGGUUCUUGUCAUUCAAUAUUUAUCACCAGUCGUUGCCAUAGUAACAUUACACAUCCUUAUCUGUCAAUCACUUAAGUUUAGAAUAAAUUCACGUGAAGCCUGCCAAAUGGACAUGCGCAGAAUACGAAAGAAACUGUUACGUCAUCGAAAGAAUGUGAUGUUGCUAACGAGCAUGGCGGCAUCGUUCGUGGUGACUUGGUUACCGUUAACAUUAUUAAAUAUCAUAGCUGACACGAAUCAUAACAUUUUUAAACAAACAAACUUUCCACUUAUACACGCUUCAUGUUUACUUGUUUCUUUUACGUCUGUUAGUGUUAAUCCGGUGAUUUAUGGAUGGUUUAAUUCCAACUUUAGAAAAGACAUCAAAAACGUGUGCGAAAUCAAUGCGCCAGACAGGUGUCCGUUGUAUGCGUUGAUAUGUCGCAGACAAGCGCGUCAAGUUGAUGCCGGUUUACUGCUGUAUUCAACUGUACCCCGUGACCCAGUAAGAACGCACACAUCACGUGACACAACGGUUGUUUGAAUAAAA